GCGCCGCGAGAGAGACGCUGCUCUCAGUUGUGUCAAGCUAGGCGAUCGAGUAGGACGCUCUUUAAUCGUUCCCGCCUCCGAGUUACUCUCUCACGUACACACACACCGCCUCACACACACACUCCCACACACACUUCUCUCCUUCUCUCUUUCUCUGAAACACCCCGUGCAGGUCGGUCCGAACCGCGGCAACGAACCAGCUCUUCGAAAGCCAACGCGACAUCACACAGUAACACACGUGCACACAGACAGACACACACGCGCGCCCGACCGAUAUCUGUCAUAUCUAACUCCGUGCUUCUCUCAACCCCAUAUAUCUCCGGCAGAGUAGUUCCACUACGAUACGUCUCUUAAGUUCGUUCUCUCUACGAUUCGACACGUCGUAUCGUCGUACGUUCCUGUCUCUCUCGAAAUCGGUGUCCACCUGGUCCUCCACCGAUCGGCCGUCGUUGUCCGGUAUAUUAUAUCCUCUGCCUCCUUCUUUCUCACUGUUUACGCCCGCCCGUGUCGCUGGCCACGCGCGCGUGCCAGCCGGCCGAGAGAUCUCACGCGGACCAGCCCUAAACGCUCAGUGUGAAAACGGUCGACACGUGAUACGCCGUGUGCACGAGAGCCCCAUAGAGGCUACUCUGAUCUCCCUCCCUUCAGUGUGUCGAGAAACGAGUUUGAGCAACGACAGCAACGUAGAAAGAGAGAGAGAGAGAGAGAGAGAGAAAGAGAGAGAGAGAAAAAGAGAGUGAGAGAGAGAGAGAGCGAAAGAGAAAGAGAAAGAGAAAGAGCAAAGCCAGUUGUCACAGAGUGGCACAUGCAUGCACCGGCUCUUUGAUCACAGUCUCACUGCCCUCUCCCACUGUUCGACCGUGUGUGUGUGUCUGUGUGUGUCGAACGGGAGUCCCCGUGCUACGAGCAUCGUCCAGCGAAGAAACCGGUCGGAACGAAAGAAGGGGAGAAAGAGAUAAGGCUUCCUCGUAUUUGCCGGCCGUGUGUACGAGUUUCAAGGUCGCACACGUUCAAUCGCGGGAGACCUCCCUCGUCGGUGUGCUGCCAAGUCGAACGAAGAUAGAAAGAGAAAGGGAGAAGGAGCCGGUGAAUCUGGAGCAGGAGGAUCAUUUAAAGCGGAGCGGCGAGAAGAGGCCGGCGAAGCUUGGCAAGAGGUGGGGGCUCGCGGGAAGAAUCGCGAGGCCGGGAUAGAGAAUUAUAUUUUUAUUUGCCGCGGCUGGCCGCGAUUCGUCGGUACUAGAGAGCGCUGUUGUUAGUCGUUCGGGCGUUAGACGUGGCUUACGCGUCUAUAAAGAGAGACUACCGUAUAAUAAAAAGAACAAAAGAAUAAAACGUGCUGUAUAGCUAGAAACCGCGAGGGAGAUUCGGAUAAAUAUAAUAAGUAUAGUCCCUCUUAGAAGUAAACACGAAUCUGUGUUUGUCCUUAUGUAUAAGUAAAAAUUAGGCUAUUUAAGUAACGUAACGUAUAUAAAGAGAUGGUCGCGCGUGAAUAAUGAGCGACCGAUCGCACUAAAGAGAAUCGCGUCAAGACAAUCAAGCACAGUAGCAGGUUGGGCAUAACCGAGAGGAAUUUUAACGACGUUUUCAAAAGGGAGAGGUGGCAAGGAACAGCAACCACGUGCGUUUCCUCCUCCUCCUCCUCCGCAUGCGAGUCUAGCCGAUUGAAAGAGAGUAAACGAGUAUUCGUGUCUUCAUGUGAUCUCCAGCCUCUGUACUACUUCCGUACACGCUCUACGUACAUACAUAUAUUAUUCUACAUAGAUAUUUAUGUAUAUAUACUUCUACACAUAUAUAUAUACACAUACGAAAUAUAUAUAUAUAUAUUAUAUAUAUUUACACUUAUAUAUACAUACGUUUAUAUGUAUACACCCUUCGCACAUAUCCGAUCGUUGGGCCGCGCCAGCUGAUCCGCACCGGAAGUAGAGCUAGGCCCGACCGUGUUUCUUCCCUGUUUGCCCCGAUUUCAAGGGGCGUCCUCUCGUCAAUCUUCGUGACAAUCAUUUUUUCAGCUAGCUCUCUUAGCUAAAGUGUCUCUUUUUAAGGAAAGAAAAGAAGGAACAAUCACGAAUCAACGUAUGUACCUACGACGUUUCAAUUAACGUGCGAGCGAGCCGUGCGAAGAGUCCCUCUACCCCCAUACCCGUCAAAGAAAGAAAGAAAGAAAAGAAAGGUACGCUCUGCCCUCUGCAUGUAUAUGCGCGUAUGCAUGCGUCUGAAUCGCGUGGCCGUGUCACUUCAACCGUUUUUAUCUUUGCUCGGUGCACAGACCCACUUGCCCUAACUCUAACUCGCUCACACACUUUGACAAUCAUCGUAUAUCUAACAGAGCGGUCGCUCGUCUAGACUAAACCGCACACUAUCGCUCUAGGCUUAAACCAACGUCUUCUGAGUCUCUCUGUAUGCGUGUUACCGGUCGUAUGUGUGUCUAGUACAGUAAGGACCGCGUUUAAUCCGAUGUACGCGCGUGUUAGCUCUUAAGGUGUACCAGUUAGGCUCUCUGACGUCUCACGUCCGGACGACUAUACCUAAAUUGAAUUAACCGAAAUUCGAGUCGGGGCAAGAUCUCUCUAAGAAGAUUUCAAGGAACUUGGCUGGCCUCGCGGUUCGAUCUCCGCGCCGAGUUCGAGCUCGAACUCGCGGGAGGAGUCGAAAAUUGUUUUGAAGAGGGAUCGAGCGACAAUCGGCCAAACUGUGGUGGCCGUCGUUCGAGUUGGGCCGAACGAGCAGGACGGAAGCUCGGUAUCAUCAGCCGUCGUUGGAACGCGGCUGGGCCGGUGAGGAACAACGAGGCAGGUUUUUCUGGAGAUUGCACUCGUUGGGCGGCCGAGGCUUGUUCAUACCCUCGGCGACGGGGAACGGAAAGUGUUGGCUAGCGGAGACGAUAGGCGCCGACGAGGCACGUUCCUCCAUCACCACGUAUUUUCAUUCGUACCCGUUUGUCCCGGGUGGUGCGGUGUCCCUGCCUCCGCCCCUGCUGAACAGCAUCAACAACGCGGCGGCAGCAGCGAUCACCCCCGGCCUAGUAGGACACCUCUUCGCCGGCCAGCAAGCCUGCAACAUUGGCUGCAACUGCACCUGCACGAAUAUCGCCAAUUGCAAUCCGCACCACCAACAACACCAUCACCAUCAGCAGCAGCAGCACCACCAUCAUCAGCAACAACAACAGCAUCAUCAUCGUCCCAUCGCUGCCACUACGGUCCUCCUGCAACCGGUUGAACACAUCAAAGACACCAUGGUGAGUGUCCCGGAAUUCCAGUACGCUCGAGGGACGGGCGCGUCCCUUACGAUGAGGGGUAGCGACGAGCUUCUGUCGCAAAGCGGAGCAGUUAGCAAUGGUGCUGCAAUGAGUCCACAACCACAUCACGCGGCCGACAACAACAAUGACGCCAAGAAGGUUAAACUCGACAAGAGCCACAACGGCAAACUUUCGAGGGUUAUCCACAUCAGAAACAUCCCCAACGAAGUAUCAGAGGGUGAAAUCAUCCAUCUUGGCGUCCCCUUCGGCCGUGUUACAAACGUUCUCGUUCUCAAAGGAAAAAAUCAAGCAUUCCUGGAAAUGGCAGAUGAAAAUGCUGCUGCGACGAUGGUAAAUUACUAUGCCUCGUGUAUGGCUCAGCUCCGUGGCAGGGCAGUUUACGUUCAAUUCAGCAACCAUAGAGAACUCAAAACCGAUCAAACGCACACCAACAAUGCGAACUCGAACAACCAAGUUACGCUUCCUGGACAGAACCAGGUGGCCCAGACGCAAGCAGAAACCCAAGGGGGGCCCAAUACCGUUCUCAGAGUCAUCGUCGAGCAGAUGGUCUACCCAAUUUCCUUGGACGUCCUCUAUCAGAUAUUCACACGUUUCGGCAAGGUCCUCAAGAUCGUCACCUUCACAAAAAACAACACUUUCCAGGCACUAAUACAGUACGCGGACAUGCUGUCGGCGCAAACCGCCAAACUGUCGCUGGAGGGUCAGAACAUCUAUAAUUCCUGUUGCACGUUGCGCAUCGACUAUAGCAAGAUGCAGAACUUGAACGUGAAGUAUAACAAUGACAAGUCGAGAGACUAUACCAAUCCGUCUCUGCCAACUGGUGACGCGAAUUUGGACGCGGCUUCUCUUGCUUUGGGCGGCGAGCUUCUUCCACAGUUGUUAAUGGGCGCUGGAUCGCAGCCUCGCGCAAGAAUACCCGUAGAGUCCAUUGCAGGGGCACCGGGUGUGCUGCCCACGCCCUUUGCGGCCAUGCACGGUCUACCCUCGCCCUUAGCGGGCCCAUACAACGGGGUCCCACCUACCGGCGGAUUGGCUGGCUUAGGUGGGUUCCCUCUGGGUGCAGCUGGUCUUGGAGUACGCGUCCCUACAAACGCGCAAACUUCCGCGGUCCUGCUCGUCAGCAAUCUCAACGAAGAGAUGGUCACGCCUGACGCUCUCUUUACCCUGUUUGGCGUUUACGGGGAUGUUCAGCGUGUGAAGAUUCUCUACAACAAGAAGGACUCGGCACUGAUUCAAAUGGCCGAACCGCAUCAGGCGCACUUAGCAUUGACACACAUGGACAAAUUGCGAGUAUUUGGCAAGCAGAUCAAGGUAAUGCUGAGCAAACAUCAGACGGUACAGUUACCAAAGGAGGGCCAACCAGACGCUGGAUUGACGAAAGAUUAUACCAAUAGUCCUCUUCAUCGGUUCAAGAAACCGGGCUCUAAGAACUAUCAGAAUAUCUAUCCACCGAGCUCCACUCUGCAUUUAUCGAAUAUUCCUACAACUGUGACUGAAGACGAGAUCAGGGAUGCGUUCACCAAAAAUGGCUUCACCGUGAAGGCGUUCAAGUUCUUCCCAAAAGACAGAAAAAUGGCGCUCAUACAGAUGCCCAGCAUGGACGACGCCGUAGCUGCUUUGAUCAAAAUGCACAACUACCAACUGAGCGAAUCCAACCACCUGAGAGUGUCAUUUUCCAAGAGCAACAUCUAACAAGAGUCACAAAUAUGCAACCGGCAGUGGUACCAGCCCUACGCCCUAGUCCCCUUUUGGAUACCCGGCUCAGUGUACGACUGAUGAUGAUAGCAAGCGAUGAUGAUGAUCCUCGCUGAGUGUGCGGUCAGUCGCUGGUCCCAUUACCGCGACGCCAUUGGCUGGCCAACCUCUGGAUCUUACCUGGGAAACGAAGGAACAAAGCUUCCUCUGCGAAGCGGACAUACAAAACGCGCACGAGCUAACGAUCGUGUGCGGUGCAUUUCUAUUUUUCUUGACAGACCGUCUCUAAGACCAUUUUCGAACAGCGUACAGACAGACACGAUUCGUUAUCUCCAUACAUGCAUACACAUACACACGCGCAUACACACACACAUACACACACACACAGAUUAAAAAAAGAUACAAAACAAAAAAACUAAAUACACGAAGAUAAAAAAGGAUUAGGGCUGCGAAACAGCGAAAGGGAGGGUUGUGUUUGAAAGAGAAAAUAUUAAGAAAGUAAUCAUACACUACUGCUGGCUUUCACGAGGCCAGAGAUAAGGAGAAAGCCAGGAUCGAUCUUACAUUGAGAGAAAAAGAGAGAGGAGAGACACAGGAAGAGUGUGUUUUGCGUGAUAGGUGUAUGUUAUUCAGAAAGGGAGGAGGGAGAGACUAGGUUUUUAACGAAAAAGAAAAAAAGGAAACGGAGGGGCUCGGUGAGAAGUAAGAAAAAGGGCCGAUUGGGUUCUUGUACAGAGUUAAGAACAAUUUUUCGAGCAUUAAGGUAUAUUCUAUAUACACAUAAAUCUAUAUAUAUAUAUGAUAUAUUUUACAAGGGUGACGCGCUCUGGCGGCGAGCCUCGCGCGUUAUAUGACCCGCAAAUAACCACACGUGUGCACGCAGGAUCUGCGUGUGUGUGUGUGCUGAAAGAAGAGAAAAAAUUACGUUCAAUAUAUAUAGAUAUAUAUAUAUAAAUAUUAUAUCACAUCUACCUUUUAACCGUCGCGAGAAUCUGUCUCGAACGCGCUGAAACAAAAUAACUAAAAAGCUUCGUCGAUGAAGGAUCCGAUCAAAUGAAAAUCUAAAAAUUAAAAAAAAAAAAAAAGAAAAAAAAAUAAAGGAAAUGGAGUACGAUCGAAGCGAGAACGAGGGAGAUCGACUUUGAAAGUAGCGCGCGUACCAAGCCAGAUUAGUCGUUUAAGGCUAAUUGUCACGGGACCCUUUGCAGCUUUCGCGAGGUGCUACACUCGCGCCCUCUGCCCCGGGGCCGAUCCAAACACGCGAGCCGAUUAUUGUCGGAUCGAUUUAGGGACAGGGGACGAUCAUUUCUCGAUGUCUCCUCCGCCACGUGUCGCCGUCCUCGUGGUCCAGACACGACACACCAUCCCCCUUUUGUUUCGUUCUGACUUUUCUAAAAAAAAUAGAAAGAAAGUCCCUUUCAGUAUUCAAAGUAUCCAGAGAGAGAGCUGGAUUCGAACGCGUACACGUAGACGUAUAAUACGGCUGGCUCGCGACGCGACUGCCCACACGUGGCGGAGCGGCGCACUGUCGUUGCAGGUGGUAUUUUUAUAAUUUGUAUGUUCAACACACGAUAUAUAUUAUAUAUAAUAAGUAUUAAUCACACGUAUAAACACAUAAAGACACGUAAACAUACGCAUAUAUACACGUACACGAACAAUACACAUAUAGGUAACACAGAAAAACGCAGAGACAUUCAGAUGCAGGUUUUCUUAGCUGAUAGGUGCUUAGGAUUGCGUAGAUUCUUAAUCGUAUAAGUAAGGCUGAGGAGGAGACAAAACGCGCCGUCGUUAAGUAUCAUUGACGAGGGUGGAUGAAGGACCGUUGAACAUAUCGCUAAUUAGAGAGGCACGCGCAUGUGUUUCGCGAGCUGGUAUAUUUUCGCUGGUUCGGGAUUGCUCCGGCAGAGAGCGGUUCCAUCGCGCGACGAAUCGCGAUUCUUUGACUCCGUUUAAGGGAUAAAAAUAUAUAAAGAAAAAGAACAAAAAAAAAAAAGAAAAAAAGAAAACAGAUCACAGAGCGAUAAGUAGAGCGAGCUCGUCGCGUGGUUCAGGCUCGUGUUUAGGUCCGGUCGACGAUUAGUUCCUGAUCACCGAGCAUUCCUUUUUUUUUUCUUGAAGAAACGCGCCCGCAGGCGACGUAGAACGAACCGAUCUGACCAGAGAGCACUCAGAGAGAGGGGCAUCUUUUUUCGUAGGGCUGGUCUGUUGUGUUGUUAAGAUGCGCUAGUGUCGUGUAAGAUAAUAAGAUUAUAAGAGAAACACUUCUACACACACACACGCACACGCAAACAUACACAUACAUGAACAGACAGAAACAUAGAAACGCUAUAAUGGUACACACCUAAGUAGCCUAUAGUCCGCAGAGCGUAACAAAUUAAUAUCGUAGAGGUAUCACGAGGAGGGAGGCUCGAAAGGGGAGAGAGUCCUGACGAUGAAAUUUGUCACGACUUAUAUACACAAAUUAUACACAAAUAUACACUACACAAAAGAGAAGAUCAGAGAGUGGCGCGCGAUAUUAGCGAGAUCGAAUCCUCGUGUCAAGGAGCGCAGAUUAUCAGUAGUAUCGUAGAGUCGUGAUAAAAGGUUGGGCCAGGAAGAGGAAAGUGGUUGCGACGCCACUGGCUGUUUGAAACAGAUAGCGCCAUCUUGGCUUUGAUUCAGGGGCGUCGCAACUCGUUCCCGGGCCCCGUCGAUUUUUGUCUAACCGACGUUCUGUUGGAGUCAAUUAAAUCUUAUUAAUAUACAUAUAUCAAUCGUAGAAAGGUAGCGAGAGAGAGAGAGAGAGAGAGAAAAAGAGAUUGUGUGUGUAUGUGCGUGCGUGUUCGUGUGUGUAUGUGUGUGUGUAUAAGAAGAGAGAUGAACGUGACGUUACUGGCUGAUGAGAGCGAGUGAGAGAGCCUGUUCCGCGAGUGUGACUGAUCCAAAAAGCGGCUGGAGUGAGUGUGGCGGACGAAGCAUAAUGAAAAAACGAGAAAACUACAAAAAAAAAUAUAUAUUACAAAGCGAGUGCCGGCCCGGGCAGUGUUGUUUGUGCCAAAGUAGGCUAGCUGUUGACUCUAGGGGAUGGGUCUCUCGACGAGCCAGCUGAUGUUCCUCACGAUCGAACGUCGAUCCUACGCCUUUGAAGAGAAUCUCUAGCGAAUUGAUAGUGAACUUUCUUGAAAGAUGUAACGAUCGUGAUUGGAAGGCGUUGGAUGAGGUUCGUGGAGAGGGAAGAAUUUGACCAAUCAUGUUAGAGACGUAGCGAGUAGCCGGCAUGAGCGAAGGGGCCAGUCUUUGCAUCUAUUAUGAUCUGUCUUUCGAAUCUCUGAUGUAUUUACAUUGUUUAAUCCGAUGACUGCAUUUAUAGAUCCUAUCCUGGACGCAUCUGAACUCGUUUCGCGUCGAUGAUAUACUGGCUGUACACGAAUACAGGCUAGAGUUUAGGUUUUUAUGAGACUUUGGUUGGCAUAUCCUCUUCUUUUCUUUUUUCUAAUUCUUGGCUUCCUCAGAACGGGCUUGGUUCUGGUAUUCGACUCGAUGCUGACGUUCAGGAGGAUGUUUGUUAAUUGUUUUAAGUGGUUUUCUAUAUUUAAGUUGAUUUCAAGGAUCUACUGGUUCCGGGUGAAUCGGUAUAUUUUUGAAAUGGUUGGUAAGAUAUGGAAACCGUUGAUGAUAUACUUUGGACAGUAUCUGAAAUUUUUAUUUGGGUUGGUUUAAGUAAUUUUAGAUAUAUUAAUAUAUUUUCGAAACACGUAAUAGGGUACGGAAACUAUUGUGGAGGGGACUAAAAUUAAGGAUAUCCGUAUUUUCUUUCUUUAGAAUUAAAUAAAUCGUACAUAAUAAUAAUUGGAUUAAUUAGUAAUAGUCUUCUUACGUUUUAGUGUAGAUUAUUGGUUCGGAAUUUUUAAUAUAAACUACUGGGAACUGCAAAAACAUUUUUUGUUUGUGGUAUGAAGUAGUAUUAAACUUUUAAUAACGAAACUUCAGUUUUUGUAACAUAAGAGAAAAUUGGAACGCAUUCAGUAUAGUAUACGAAAAGAAUACAAUUUUGUAAAUAUUUUUAAUUAAUUGACAGAAUAUUAUGGAAAAAUCAAUCAUUCCAAUUACCACUAUUCAUUCACAAAUGUAAAUUUGAUAUUCAUUAAUUUAGAAUGAAAUAUUUUAUUAUUUAAAGUUACAGAGAAAUAAUCCACAUUAAUUCUCUACAAUAUACCGAUCUUUUAUUUGAAUAAAAUCAAAUUUUCGGUUAACAAAAUUUUUCAUGUACGUUCUUCCUUGACAAUCUGCAAUAUCUGAGCGUCAGCUUCGCUCUUGAGUUGCCUCGCAGUUUUAGCAUGUGUUUAUCGUUUCAUUCAAGUAUUGAAAAUCUAUAAACAAAGAAAAACGGGCUCUUUCAAUCGAUUCGCGGCUGGUCCAGUCGCAAGCGCACAAAACUGUCGGUCCUCUGGAUGUUCCCGCGCGAAAUGAUCGAUCGAGGGCCUGGCGCACAAUAGUAUUCCCAGCACAAUGUUUGCAAGCGUACCUGAAAAGCCUGUGUAAACGAGUCGCUACAGCGACGGAGCAAUUUUCAAAAAAAAAAAAAAAAAAAGAGAAAAUGAAAAAGCAAAUAAAAACACGCUCCGUCGCAGGCGUUACAUUCUCCGUUCAUUUUACUAGCGUUCUCGAGGAAUUUCUGAACACAUUCCCGUUCAAACACGCUCACACAUGUACACAUUGACAGAAACCUAUGCAUUCAUACAUGUUGGUCUACGCUGAACGAGUUCGAAUUAUUUCUUCUCGGACGUUUGCUGUUUUCUUCCUUUGUUUAAAGGAUUUUGAUCCCGUUUGACAAUGUUUGAAGCACGUCCUGACGACGUUCGAGCUCUUUCGGCGUGAAACCCAAACAUGCUACUCCUCCAUCACUGUUAAAACUCGUUCACUGAUUCUUUCGGACGUUGAAAGCACGCAAUGACAAUGAUUUCCUCGUUUUUUUGCCUGGUUUCUCCGGAAUCAGAGGGGAAGAAAGCUCGAUUUCCGUUUUAGAGGACAGUAGUAAAAGUUUUAAGAGAUUGUUAUGAAUUCUGUGGGUGUCUACAGGGUGUUCGUAUCAUAUAGCACAACGUUAUGUAGCUCUUUUCCUCAAUUUCGUCUUUCUUCUUUUUAAUAGCCUGAAAAAUUAACUGAAAAUUUUGUUUUAAAAUAUAUUUCAUUUUCUCGAAAGUUUUUAGAAUUAUGCAAUAUUGGUUCAAACGUAUUUGUUCAAUUUUGAAUACUUCUGUGUUUGACAUAAUUUGCGGGGGUUUGAAAGGGUUAAUUGAUUUCCUUGAGGAACAAACACACCCUGUAGAGGGUUCAGACAUAUGGAGUAUUAUCACUAGCUGGGUUGAGGGGGGCCGAGGUGAGGGUUGGGAUAGCCAGCACUCGCUACAUGGUGUCGCAAAUAUUCAGGCUCCGAAAUUUCUUCAGACCAAGUUCAAACAAAAUAUUGUGGAGAAUUGAUAAGAAAGAAAUUGAUAAGAAAGCUCGUUUGCGAAAUUUCUACGUGAGCCGUUCAAAUAUAUUAUGUAUACAGAUUAUUCGACGCGCGUUCGCCCGCGACUUCCUCAUAUAGACGACGUAUUUUUAUAUGAAUAGAAAAUGAGAAACAGAGAGAUAGAAACGAAAGAGACCAAAUAAUGACGAAGAUCUCGAUGAAGAUCUCGAUCGGGACGAAAGUUUAGAUACGGUUGCGUAAUGGUUGAAGAGAUCCCGGCUAACUGUACACCCUGCGCUCUCCUUCUGCUGUUUUAACCGUGGAAUUUGAUAACCUCGGUGGAAAGUUAUUCAGAGGGUAAAGAUGCAAGUGUUUUUGUUUGUGCUGUUACAAAUAACAAAUUUCAUUAUUCAGUGACAUUUGUUAAGAUAGCAUACUCUUAUUAAUAUAGUAUUUUAUUAUUAGACUAUAAUGUUAUUGUGCUAUUAAUACAUAACAUUAUGAUAUUAGUAUACUAUUUCAGAUUAAUAUAUCAUAGCAUCAUUGACAAAUCGAAUAUUUUUAUCCAAUCAUUAUAGAAUCGCACAGGUUGUACGAUAUUUUUAUAAAAGUGAUACCUCCUUUUAGGUUCAAAUAAGUUGCAGUCGAAUUGCAAAUUGUAUGUUUCACGAAAUUUACAGAACAUAUUUAAAGAUUUGACAAAGUAUCCACGUUACUCGUUUUACCAUAGAAGAAAUAAUACGAAAUAAAUAAAAUCAACGUCUAAUAAUAUAAAUCUAAAAUCUAACUGCUCGUUCAAUUAAUUUAUUCCUAUAAUCAAAUUGAAAUGUUUCGAACUCAACAAAUGGUUAUUGAAAAUGUUAGACCCUAUCUACAAGUCUAAAUAUAAAGAUUUUCAAACUUUAGCAAAAACGAUGGUCAAACAGCCAGCAUCAAAGCCCCAAUAGGUUAACAGCAAUCAGGAUGUGAAAUGCCAAGUUAGUCAUUAAGAAGGAGAUCCAGGGUGCUCGAAAUUUGAAGCGAAACUUCCAACGUUAAACACACAAAGAGAAAAUCCAUUGAAAGCAAAAACCUGUUCGGACCAAGGAAAUUCGGGGUCUGGUUCGAGCCACGCAGUAGACGAAGCUUAGCCUACAGAGGUUAUUAGGAGUAUAAAUAAUUAAAGAAGAGGCACGUAUGUAUACCCACACCGAUCGCGAACACCCUCACACGAAACACGGACAAACCAUCGCACGUGUACACGCCGUGCAUGCACGUUCAAACAUCCUCAAACACCGUUUACACCCUGAAAUACGGAUCAAAAACAUUCAAACGGUACUCAAACCACACGUUCAAAUACACAUGGAAACCUAUACAAUACAUAUAUAUAUAUUUGAUAUAUCGCAAUGUAACAAGUGUGUCCAAAAGUGCGCAGCAGCUGCAUCCCAAUAAUCUAUAUUUUAUUAAUAACUGAUAAGGAACUAGGAUUAUCGACGUUAACGGUUUAAUGGAUAAAUUGAGCAGAGAAGAGUUAAUCUAUUACGAAUCUGUCGUAACACACGCGGUACAUAUACAUAUAUAUAAUAUAUAUAUAUAUUAGAGACACGAUGAGAUUUGAGCACGACAAACCGAAAGAAAGAACGAACGAAAGUAAAUAUGAAAAAGGGACAGAGCGAAUGUAAUGGAACGAAUGAACGAAUCCAGGGAAUAUCCGAAAGACGCGUAUGAAGGAAUUUACGUGCGUGUAUCCUCGUUGAAAGUUCAGGAUAGUUUGCUUGCCUAAUCAGGGCCUUAGGCGUCGUUCACGAUACAACUAAAAGGGAACCAGGGCCAGCUGUUCGCUCGGACCUCCAACGAACAGACACAGAUAGUGAAGGGACGCUUCUCACGAUGUUCGAGCAAGCUUUUCUCCAUAUGCUGUUAUAUGGCUGUUACACGAAUUCAAUGAAAGAGGAACGCUAUCAGCUGAAAAGAGACACACGUGGUCGACGAUCGAUUCAAAAGUAUCUGAAUUUUCUCGUACUCCUUAUUCUUUGUAAAUUUUCAAAUUCUUAUAAAGUCGCUGACAUAUCAAUGUUAAAUCUAUAAUAAAAAAAUUCGCGCUUUUUCGUAGAAAAAUAAUGUUGUACUUUGGGAUCGCUCCAAAGUUGUUGUCGUUUCUCUUUUUUGUUAUUCAUGGCAUAGCGGCGCCUCGAUGAGAAAUCGAUCAGGAUGAUAGACGUUCUGGUGUGCCUGUUGAGUGAUUCUGCGAUCUUUUUGUCCGCUUUUCUCUUCUACGGCCGCUGUAAUAGACAUUAGGAGGCUUCGUGACGAGACGACGUGAAAUGUCGCUUCUCUCGUACGGGCCUCGAUUAAGCCGGACUUCUAUCGGUCGUUAGCUGGUCGUUAUAGUCGUUGUGACGUCGAUAUGAUUGCCAAAAAAGCGAUAUAUAAAAAAAAGAAAGCGGAAAAACGCGAAAGGAAAACUGGGAAGAGAAAGCUGGAAAAUUAAGCCUAAUUAAUUAACACGAAAGAGUUUCUCGACGACCCCAUCGAAUCGAAUUUCGAACAGCAACAAACAGAAACAAAAGAGAAGAAAGAAUAAAUAUAGGGAAAAAUAAUAUUGACGAUCUUCUUUACCGACUAGGAUGGGAGCGUUCAGUCGCGAGACAGAACAUUAGGAUUAUCUAAAGGUAGUUGUUAAGUGGACGAAAACACAGAAAUAAUAAAAAAAAAUGAUUUAAAAAGAAACAAAAAAUCGUGAGACACGUAUAAUGAUGAAAAAAAACACAGGCAAACGCAUACAUGCAUAAACAUACACAUACGUACACAGUGUACACACGAUGUAGCGUGUUAGACUUGUGUAGUAGCCCCCCAUCCCUUGCCCCUUUCUAAUUAAGCCUCCAGAUCUUAACGAGUACUAUAAUGUAUAGUUGAACUCGACAAUCACUCGACUCUCUGUAUCGAUAAUUCUCGAGGGGAGGAAACAAAUAUUUAAAGAAAAAAAAAAAAGAAAAUGGAAAAAAAAUGAAGGAAAGAAGAAAAAGAAUGGAAAGGAAAUACACGGAUGAUUAUAAGGGAAUUUCUGAAACGGUAAAAGCUGCUACUGUUUUUCAGCAACUGUUGUUUCUAGUAUCCGCUGGACUUCUUCCAGUAUUCUCUUCUACUUCUUUUUCCUCGAGCACUCUUCUAGCCUUUUUGUUACGACCGUGGGAGUUCUCUUUCGUCGCGCCACUUUUUUGCGUUUUCUUUUGGUUGGUUGCGUGUUCAGUUUCUUUUUUUUUAUAUUGGUGUUGUUAGAAAUUCUUCUGCUCUUUUUGGAAUCGUUAACUGAGAAUCGAAGUGGAAAUUGUGAAUAUGUUACAGAUAGAAACAAUGGAAGAUCGAUAAUUUUAUUAGAAUUUAGAUUGGUAAGAAAAGAUUUCUUUUAGACGAGAUGGAAAAGUACACUAGAGAAACGAUCAAGGGAAUCGGAAUCGUGGGCCAGGAAUUGCGUUGCAAGUCACAAUCAGCUCGUAAGACAAAUCAAUUUUUGCUUUUUUGUACACAGGAAUAUACACAUAGUAAGAUGCCGCGGUGGAUUAUUCCGUGGAUUUGUCCGAGCGGCUGUUUUAAAGGUUAAGCUGUUUCGUAGUAAGUUUUCUUAUUAGGGAGAAUUGGAUCAGGAGAUUUAGCGAUCGAUACCCAGUCCAGGGACGAAAGCAGAGGCAGCCAAGAAAACUCGUUUUCUCGUCGAUCGAUCGUCGUCGAAUCCUAUCCGUGAAACCGUAAUCAAGAAAAAAUAGUAAGAUGGGUUUUUUAGUUGUGUUUUUAUUCAAGAAACGAACUUCUAAAUGUGUCAUGUGUGACUUGCAUGAUAGAGGUAGAUUUUUUAUGGAUCGUGAUAUCUAUUUUUUUAGACAUCUGUUUUGGAAGUAGCACAGCGGAUUGUAGAAUGUUUGUUUGAUUGAGAUUCGAAGGAUUGACAAUUUUGUGAGUGGAAUUGGAAAUGUGGAUCGUUUUACACUACUUUGCCAAGGAAAUACAAAUUUUAAAUAAUUAUUCUAAGUAAGAGAAUUAAGUUUCACUUAAGUUACGAGUUUUUGUUAUUACACUCUUAGUGUUCUGGACAAAUAUUAUUUUCUGAUAUUUAAGACUGUUGAUUUUAAUGAUGUUGUACAGGUACUUUAAAUAUUGACAACUGUUAUUGAUAUUCUAUAUCUAGUACUGUCUAGUAUUUUCUCUAUAUAGACAUUUCAACAAAAAUUUCAAAGUAUUUUGAAAUUCCACAAUGCUCUUUCCGCCUCAAAUUGCGAAUUUCGAAGCCCUGGGAAACUCAGAAACCCUGGGAAAAAGAACCCGAGGAAGGUUAAACAAUCGACGACAAUCAUUUUCUAUUCAAGACUUAGACUGUCGAGACUUAGAAACUUCCAAAAACUCAACACAAUAAAAAUUAAGAUACCUAGAAAUUCUAAGAAAAUACCAAAAAUAAAAAUCUCAAAAAAGAAAAAAAAAAUCGAAUUAACAAAAGUAGAAUUAAAUAAAUCACAUAAAAUGGUUGAAUUUUUAACAAAUGUUUCUCGACGACGAUCGACGAUCUACGCGAAGCAUUUAUCAGAAUUGCGUUCGCAUGUUCACGUUCACGUUCGCGUUUCUUCGUAUUUGAACACACAAUACACGUACAUAGGCGCGCGCGUGCGCGCGCGCGCACACACACACACACACACACACAGAGAGGCCAAUCAGAGACGCACACAACCAUACGAAUCGAGUUGACUCCGAAAAGAAAACCGAUAGUAAGUAUGGGACACGUUUACGAUCGCUCUUCCACGUGUCUUCUUUCGGCACGACACGAUUUAUUAUUAUACACGAUUUACUAUUUACGGAUUUUUAUACCUCGAUUACCGAACGGAGCCAUCCCCGCACACACACACACAAGCACAUUUACGCCCCGUAAAAAAAUAUCCUCGAAAAAUACUCGCGAUUCACGCAACCCGAAAGUUGCGAACGAAUUUUUCUUUUGAAUGAAACUACGUAUUUCUCCCUCGAGACUCGUCGAAUAUUUUCUACAUAAAUGAAUAAAACGAAAAAUAAAUUGAAAAAUAAAAUGGAAAAAUUGUACGUGGAAAUAUUCAAGAGUAGAAAAUGGAAUUUCGUCAGAGAGGGGGACGAACGAAAAUACGGCUAUCGUUCUUCAACAGAAAAGAUUUUUUAAAAAAUAGGAAAUGCUCACUUAAGUGAAAAUUAAUAUGGUCACUUCCGGGUCACGUGUUUCGCGAUUCCCUACAACUUGCCCGAAGCAGAGCAUAUUGUAGAUUCGUUGAUUUCCGCUAUUAUUGAUGCGUUGCGUUCACGUCGCCUUUGAACAAAUACAUUAUACUUAUAUAUAUAAAUAUAAAUAUAUAUAUAUAUCUCUAUAUAAAUAUAUAUAUAUAUCAAUUUUGUUAUAUAUAUAUAUAUACACAUAUAUAUGAUAUAUAUAUAUAUAUUAAUUUUAUUAUAUAUAUACAUAUAUAUAUUUUCUUCCUUUCUUAUCUGAUGUUCUCAUCUGAUGUUCAACCUUCUUUUGUUUCUUUUUUAAGAAUAAUUAACCUAUGUAGCCUAUUUUUUUUAUCGUCUAAACGAAUACGAACAGAGACAACACACGCAUACGACAGUUUCGUCGUCGCUAUUAAUUAAUUGACUAUCUCUCUUUAAUCGCCACGCGUUCGUUUUUUAUUAAGAUUACUAUUAUUAUUACCUAUUCACUAUUAUUAUAAUUAAUGCUAGCGCUAAUUACCCAUUUAAUUACUCCUUAACAUUGUCAUUGAUAUUCCCUAGUUCGUACCCUCUACUACUAUUUACUAUAUCACUACUAUACUACUGUUAGCUAUCAUACUAUUUUUUGUUUUCUCUUUUUUUUUUUUACUUGAUUAUUUUUAAUUCUAUAACUCUUAGGCUAUAUCGACUAUUGCGACGCACGAGCUUAGUUUUUUAAACGAGCGAACGAAAAAUACUAGAAUUUAUGUAAAACAUAACUGCAAGCGAAUUAGGAAAGAGAAAGGAAAUAAAGAGUUCAUUAAGGAACACACGCGAUACACGUAUACAUAUACACUUACGAACACAUACGAAAUCUGUAUACACACGGACACGCAAGAAACGAUUUUUUUUUCUUGUAAGAUCGAGCGUUUUUUCGAUUGGUUCAGUUUUUCGUAAACAAAAAAGAAAGAAAUGAUAUAAAAGCGAAAUUAAGGAGGAAGGGAAAAGGUCUCCAAUUUUUUAGUUGUCAGGCUCGCCAAUCACACACUUCAUCUUUCCUGUUUUUCUUAACUCUUUUCGGCGCUACGAUUCCCCCUCCCCCUCAUACCAUCUUCUUAUUGUUUUCUCUGUGUGAUCUCUCACCCCCUCUCACCCUUUCGAAUUAUUUCUCUUCUUCAGCUUCUUCUUCUCUUCUACUUCUUCUUCUUCUUCUUCUUCUUCUUCUCCUCCUUCUCCUCCUCCUCCUCCUUCUUCUACUUCUGAUUUAUUUGUUCGUUGUUUCUUACUGUCUGGCUUGUAACUUUUCUAGUAGUCACACUAUACUCUCUUUUUCUGACUUUCUCAUUUUUCUGUGUCCUCCUCUCUCUCUCACUAUCUUAAUACGUGUAUCGUAUACCUUUAUACUGUACUUCUUACUCUUAUCAUUAUUACUCUUACUAUAUCGUCUAUACUAUUACUAUUACUAUUACUAUUACUAUACUAUACUAUACUAUACUAUACUAUACUGUACUGUACUGUACUACUAUUCUUAUGACUAUUACUGGUAUUGGUACUGCUACUACUAUAUCUAUCAUCCACAACUAUUACUAUUACUAACACUAUAACUACUACUACUAUCACUAUUGCUGUUACUACUAUUAACUAUCGUCUGUGACUAUUACUAUUACUACACCUAUCAUUACUAAUACCAUAUCUAUCUAUUACUAACACUACAUCUAUUAUAUCUAUCGCUAUCGCUACUACUACUGCUGCAAUUAUCUGUCACCAAUUACUAUUACUACCAAUAUCAUCGCUGUAUCUAUCUAUCGUCUAUAACUAUUACUAACACUAUAAUUACUAUACUAUCACUAUUGCUUCUACUACUAUUACUCCUAUAUCUAUAACUAUCGCGUCGAAUACUACUGCGUGCUACCGUUGCAUCUAUCGUCUAUGACUAUUACUAUUAUUACUACUACUUUAACUAUACUGCUACAUCAAUCUACUACUAUUACUGCUACUACUACCACUACUACUACUGCUGCUAUUACUACUACUACUACUACUACUACUACUACUACUACUACUACUACUACUACUACUACUACUACUACUAUUACAACUGUAUUUAUCGUUUCGACUAUUACUAUUACUAUCACUAUUACUAUAACUAUCACUACAACUAUUAUUACUACUGUACUAUUUAUCUUGCUAUCCACUUAUCGAUCCAUCUACUAUUACUACUAGUAGCGCUCUAUUAUCUUCGCCUAUGGUUACCACCCCUAAAUUUCCGUCGACGAAAUUUUCAAUACUUCGAGGACUAAAAAAUUUGCAAACCAAUACCCCCGAAGUGUUUUUUUUUUUUUUUAUUAAUUUUUAACAAUUGGAACUUAAUUAAAUUAAAAUUAAGUUUCGGUUGAUUCUGAUUAAAGAAUAAGCAAAACGAAACUUCCAGCACUUCGAGGACGCGAGUUUCACACGAUUUUUUGACAAAUUAUCUACAAUCUCGAAAUAGACAUUGUCGAUGUUCUUUAAAAUGAUUUUCAGUAAUUUCGAAAUUAAAAUUUCAGUCGAUACUAUUUAAGAAGCCGCUUCAAGGACGCAGGUCCCAUAAAAAUAUCCAAAAUUUGAAAACCAUUGUCCUCGAAGUCCGUAAAAAUAAUUUCCACACAAAAUAUAAUGCAACUCUUUCACCCUUUGCAAGCCCUAAAUUCCGUUCCACUCCGCAGCGGCCUCAAUCUAGUAUUCUUCCGAAGAAUACCUCUCUGUAAACCCCUGGGAACUUUUGUAUCGAAAUAUAAAAAGCGAUAAUCGAAUGGAGGGACGCAAAGGGUGUGAAUAGUCGACGAGAACACGUCAAAGGGGUGAUUCUUUCACGACCACUUCGGUGUUCCAUUGUUUGUUCGUUUUGCUUUUCUUUGUUACUAUACUCGCGAUGAACGAUUGUAAUUUAAAGAAAAAUCACAACUUUUACUUUUUCUCCUUUCUCGCUAUCCCUAUCGAUAUAAUAUAAAUAUUAAACAAAAUUUUAAUUUUUAUAUUAUACGAAUUAUAAUUUCGUACUUUUGAUUCUCCACACCGUUCUCGUUUGUAACACGCGAGUGUCAGUUCUUUUUUCUCUAAUCUUCAUCCCCCAUCCCACCAUCCAAUCACGGUUUUCUCGUCUUGGAAAAAGAAAAAGGAAAAGAAAAAGAAAACGAAAUGAAACGAGCAAUCGAGUGAGUCGAAUUUAAGGGAAGGAAAGUUUAUAAUGAAAAGGGAUAGAGGUUUAAACGCGAUAAAGAUAAAGCAAGCACAGAUGAGGGAAUAUGAUUGCUAGCGAGCGGGUAAUUUACAUAUACAAAAUAUAGCCGAUUUGUCAAGAGAAAAAAAAAGCAACAAUGAAUGGAAAAGAUAAAUAAACCUGUCCGUUUUUUGUGUUC